AUGUGGUUACAUGUGAGGACCUGGUGCCUCUUUUGUGAAGCGGCAGCUGAGAAGAUUCCGGUGCUCACCAUUGCUGAUGAGAUACCCAAGGAUGGAGUCAAGACUGAGAACAACGAUCAUAUUAACUUGAAGGUAGCAGAACAGGAUGGUUCUGUGGUGCAGUGUAAGAUUAAGAGACAUACAUCACUUAGUAAACUAAUGAAAGCCUAUUGUGAAUGGCAGGACACACUUGGCCAGUUGGAAAUAGAGGAUGAAGAUAGGACUGAUGUGUUCCAGCAGCAGACUGGAGGUGUCUACUAA